AUGGGUGGCUUUUGUAGUUGUUUUCAUGUCCCUGGUAGCCACAGUUUUUGUCUUGGGUGCUUAUUCAGUAAGCUUAAGAAUAAGAUUAUGAGAGGAAGGGUGUGUUUGAGCUGUAUAACUGCUGAAAUUGAGCUUGAUUUUCGAUAUCUAGAGCCUAGAGAAAGAAACGACGUCUCUCCACCUAAUGAGCGCACAACUUCUACGAUUCCUUUGACCACAACACCGGCUGCUAGCAGGCCUAACGACAUAGCUGUGAGUGGCAUUGCUAGCUCCAGACAACAGGAUGCAGAGAGAUUGCAGGUUCAGUCCGAACUUGUUCCACAAAGUGAUGUGCACGUUGACACAAAAUCCAGAGAAGGGCUACGGAUAUUAAUCACCCCCAAUCCACUGGAGAAGAUUAAAUCCUAUGUAAAAGCUCUGCCAUCUGAUUCAGACAGAUUCAAAUGUGUGUUCCCAGAUGACCGGGAUGAGUGUCCAACAUGUCUUGACGAGUAUACCUCUGAAAAUCCUAAGAUAACGACAAAGUGUAAUCAUCAUUAUCACCUCAGCUGUAUCUACGAGUGGAUGGAGAGAAGUGAAAAUUGUCCGGUUUGUGGGAAGAUGAUGCUCUUUGACGAAUGAAGCUGAAC